UUACGUGAUUAUCGUAAAGGCGUGUGUUUAGUUCGGAAAUUUUAAGAAAUGCUUGUUUCAAGCUUUUAUCAAACUGGAUUAAUUACUCGCCAGAUACUGCUACCGGGGCUCAACCAGUUGCGAGGUAAAAAUUAUUUGAACCGGCCCCGAUUAAGAAAUCCUGUGUGGUUUGUCCGAAAAGAGAGAACUGUACACGAUGAGCAUCUGACACCAGAAAAUAAAGCAUUUGUCAAGGAAGUUUUGCACAGUAAAUUUGGUCCCCCAGCGCUGAUAAAGGGUGUACUAUCGUUCGACCAAGCCAACAAAUCGCUUAUUCAAACCGAAGAACUUCCACAAGCGCAAUGGGCUCCCGGAUUGAAGAGGACAGGUGUAAUCGCAAAGAAGAUAGGACAGUAUCCCCUGUGGAAAAAGGAUGGCACUAAAAUUCGAACGACUUUAUUGCAGAUAAUCGAUAAUCAUGUCGUUAAAUAUAUUCCCCCUGAGGAGUACAAACCCGCCCAGGAACCACGCCAGCAACGUAAUUGGAAAAAGCCUUAUGGAUGUUUACUAGUGGGAGCACAAAGUAGGGAUCCUUCCGUGUUUACCAAAGAGUAUUGUGGAUUGUUCAGAGAUUCCGGUGUGAUUCCCAAGCAGCAUUUGUGCAGAUUCAUUGUUUCACCGGAAGCUCGGUUGCUGCCUGGUACACCGCUCAACGUAACACACUUUAAAGUCGGAGAUUACGUUGAUGUUCGUGGAAAAACGGUGGAUCAUGGUUUUCAAGGUGUAGUCAAACGGCAUGGCUUUAAGGGAAUGCCUGCGUCUCACGGUGUAACGAAAACACAUCGUCGGCCCGGUAACAUCGGAGCUGGAGGUAACAAAGCUCGUGUUUGGCCAGGUACCAAGCUGCCUGGGCACAUGGGAAACAGAUGGCGUACUCUCAGAGGUCUCCGGAUAUGGCGCAUCAAUACCAAGUAUAACGUUAUGUGGGUGCAAAGCAGCAACAUCGCAGGCAGUACUAAUGGAUUAGUUUACAUCUAUGACACCGUUUUGCCUUUGAGGAAAUUUAAGGAGGCACCCGCCUUUCCGACGCAUUUUCAAUCAGAGAAUGACUUGUAUGGCGAUGAUGAUAUGUGGCAUGAGGAAAUUCAUAACUUUAGAGACGCUUCUAUAACAUUUAAGGAAGAAUAAACGCGUGGUCC